CUCGGCAUUAUCACUAGCCAGUGAAGAAAGGGAAGGGACUGAAAACCUCAGCAAGAGGACGAUGGUUUGAGGUUUUAAGCACACAAAACAAAAAAGACUUGCAAUGGAAGCCUUGAGACAUGUCGGCAUUGGCCUUUGCACUCCCAAACUAUUUCCUCCUUUUAAAAAACCCUCAAAAGUAAGCACCACAAUCACCUGCUCCGCCAGCAAAUGGGCCGAUCGCCUCCUCAGUGAUUUCCAAUUCUUCACCUCCACCGACACCUCCUCCUCCGACCUCCUCCACCACCCUCUUUCCUCUUCCACCGCCACUCUCGCUCCUCCUCCCCCCCUCUCACCUCCCGAACGCUAUGUCUCCAUUCCUCUCCACUUCUACCAGGUUUUAGGAGCUGAAACACAUUUCCUUGGAGAUGGAAUAAAGAGAGCUUAUGAAGCUAGGGUUUCUAAACCACCACAAUACGGUUUCAGUCAAGACGCUCUGGUUAGCCGCAGGCAAAUUCUCCAAGCUGCCUGUGAAACCCUAGCUGACCCUGCCUCUAGAAGAGAUUACAAUCAAGGCCUCAUCGAUGACGAGACUGAUACCAUCAUCACUCAAGUUCCCUGGGAGAAGGUUCCGGGGGCAUUGUGUGCAUUACAAGAAGCAGGGGAGACUCAGGUGGUGCUUCAAAUUGGAGAGAGUUUGUUAAGGGAGAGAUUGCCGAAGUCGUUUAAGCAAGAUGUGGUGCUGGCAAUGGUGCUUGCUUAUGUGGAUAUGUCGAGGGAUGCUAUGGCGUUGGAUCCGCCAGAUUUUAUUAGAGGGCGUGAGGUGCUAGAGCGGGCUUUGAAGCUUCUGCAGGAGGAAGGUGCCAGUAGCCUUGCACCUGAUUUACAAGCACAGAUUGAUGAGACAUUGGAAGAGAUUACCCCUAGAUCUGUCCUCGAACUUCUUGCAUUGCCCCUCAGUGAAGAAUACCGAACAAGAAGGGAGGAGGGUCUCCAAGGAGUGCGGAACACAUUAUGGGCUGUUGGAGGAGGAGGAGCAGCACCGGUUGCUGGAGGAUUUACCCGGGAAGAUUUCAUGAAUGAGGCCUUCUUACGUAUGACAGCAGCUGAGCAGGUUGAUCUGUUUGUCACCACGCCAAGUAAUAUCCCGGCUCAAAAUUUUGAAGUUUAUGGAGUGGCACUUGCCCUUGUUGCCCAAGCUUUCAUUGGUAAAAAGCCUCAUCUCAUCACAGAUGCUGAUAACCUAUUCGGACAGCUUCAGCAGAUUAAGGUAACAAAUCAAGGGAGUCUUGUUCCUGUCUUUGGUUCCAUGGAAAACCGUGAUAUUGACUUUGGUUUGGAGAGGGGUCUUUGUUCACUGCUAGUAGGCGAGCUUGAUGAAUGUUGUAAAUGGUUGGGUUUAGACAGUGAUAACUCUCCUUACAGAAACCCACCUAUUUUUGAUUUUAUCAUGGAAAAUUCAAAGGAUGAUGAUGACAGCAAUCUUCCUGGGCUUUGUAAAUUGUUGGAGACAUGGUUGAUGGAGGUGGUAUUUCCUAGAUUUAGGGACACCAAAGACAUAGAAUUCAAGCUUGGAGAUUAUUAUGAUGACCCCACUGUCUUGAGAUACCUAGAAAGGCAGGAAGGAGGUGGCCGUUCACCAUUGGCUGCAGCAGCAGCCAUAGUGAGAAUUGGGGCUGAGGCUACUGCUGUUAUUGAUCAUGUGAAGGCUAGUGCAAUUCAGGCAUUGCAGAAGGUGUUUCCUCUUGGUCACAAGGACAUGGGUGCAGAAUUCCAUGAAAAUGAUGGGAUCAAUUCUGUCCUUUCUGCUGUAGAAAUCGAAAAGCCUUCUUUUGAAAGUCUUGGUCUAGAGAAUCCUGAAGAAAUAUAUUCUGAUGAAGUACCUGAAGAAGAAUUAAUUACUGAAAAAAUAAAAGAUGCCAGUAUCAAAAUCAUGUGUGCUGGUGUGGCUAUUGGACUGCUGACUUUAGCUGGGCUGAAGUAUUUUCCUCCUAGGACUGGCUCCUUCAUUCGACAGAAAGAAAUUGGUUCGGCAAUGGCAUCUGACACCAUCAAUUUGAAUUCAGCAGUAGAUGAACAAAUUUCCGAGGAAUUACCCAGAAUGGAUGCAAGGUUUGCAGAGGAUAUAGUUCGCAAGUGGCAAAACAUUAAAUCUCAGGCUUUUGGACCUGAUCACUGCCUGGCAAAAUUGCCAGAGGUUUUGGAUAGUCAGAUGUUGAAAAUAUGGACAGACCGCGCGGCUGAAAUUGCACAUCUUGGUUGGGUAUACGAGUAUAUGCUGUUGGACCUGACUAUUGACAGUGUGACUGUAUCUGUGGAUGGACUAAGUGCUGUAGUAGAAGCAACACUCGAAGAGUCAACUCGCUUAACUGACGAGGUUCAUCCAGAGAACAAUGCCUCAAAUGUCAAAACCUACACGACAAGAUAUGAGCUAUCACGUUCCAAUUCGGGAUGGAAAAUAACUGAAGGAGCAAUUAUGAUGUAAAACAUGAAAUGACCCCAGUGUAAAUCCCUUCCUUGUCUUUGUUUAUAGUUUUUGAUAAUUUCCUUGAAGACUAGUCCCAAUGUUUUUUUUUUGUAGCUGAACCAUCAAAUUGUGCAGUAACAAGUUCAUAAAAGUCACUGUUAGCAUA